AAACAAAGUCGAGCUCAGAAAAAGACAGAAGAAGAAGAAGCAGCACCGUAGUGUCAGAGCUGGGACAAAAACAGUCCUUCACCGCCUCCUGGACGGCAUGAAACACACUCUUCUGACCGAGAGCAAGCUUUUAAUUUGACUAUUAAAAGGCCAUUAAGUUCAUACAGCUAAAACUGAAGGCCUCUUGUUGGCGCUCAAGUGCAUCCCGCUCGUUUUCCUCCUCUGCUGCUGGAGUGUGCUAGCUUAGCCUGUUAGCUUAGCAGGACACCCUGCUCACCGUGUCCGUGCGUGCAGGACUUUACCACCAGGAGAGAAGAGAUUCACCCGGAGCUGCAGCAAAACUGACCAGGACCUUACUCAACAAACACAGCUACACGCGUUGGCGCCAACCUCGGCUUUUGCACGUGAAGUUUGAACAAAGAAAGCAACGUAAAUAACCUCGCAAAACAAGGAAGUCUGAGUGAACUUUGCUGCUAGCACCCUGCUAGUCCUGUACCUGCAUUGAUUCACAGUGCUGCUUAAAGGGGGAGGGGGGCGUCUGUGCAGCCUCCGCGGCCGUCCUCCGGUGCUCAUAUCGAUUAUCAGUGAGAGCAUCUGGCCCUGUAAUAGAUAAAUCGAUCGCUAUCUAACGGAACUGGUCCGGCAGAGAAGUGAGCGCCGCCACGAAACGCUUCGGAGAUGAUUCCCGACAAAGCCCCGAAGGAAGACGUCUUCCACGGGUCUGAGGACCUGAAGAAGGAGGCUCACAUCACCAGCUUUGAGAACUACAAAGAGCUCUACAUGAAAUCUAUAGAGAAUCCAGAUGAGUUCUGGGGAGACGUCGCCAAAGAUUUCUUCUGGAAGACCAAACACACGGGUCAGUUCCUCGACUACAACUUCGACGUGACCAAAGGAGAAAUCUUCGUCAAGUGCAUGGAGGGAGCCUCCACCAACAUCAGCUACAACCUCCUCGACCGCAACGUCCACGAGAGGAAGCUCGGCGAUAAAGUGGCCUUCUACUGGGAAGGCAAUGAGCCUGGUGAUGAGCUGACGGUGACCUACAGAGAGCUGCUGCAGAGGGUCUGUCAGUUUGCCAACGUCCUGAAGUCUCAGGGGGUGAAGAAGGGCGACCGUGUGUCCAUUUACAUGCCCAUGGUGGUCGAGCUGGUGGUCGCCAUGUUGGCCUGCGCCCGCAUCGGAGCUGUUCACUCCAUCGUGUUUGCAGGUUUCUCUGCUGAGUCUCUGUGUGAGAGGAUCAUGGACUCCCAGUGUUCACUGCUCAUCACUGCAGAUGGUUUCUAUCGAGGAGAUAAGCUGAUCAACCUGAAGCUCUUAGCUGACGAGGCACUGCAGAAAUGCAGAGACAAGGGUUUCCCAAUCGAGAAGUGUAUAAUGCUGAAGCACUUGUCCAAAGAAGCAGAGGAGACUUCUCUGGGCUCUCAGUCUCCUCCAGCCAAACGGUCCUGUCCAGACCUGCAGCAGGAGAAACAGACAGGGAGAGUAAAGAAAACACGUCCUGUUCCACAGGUCCCGUGGAACCCUGAGGUGGACUUGUGUUGGCACGCUCUGGUACGAGGAGCUUCAGACGAGUGUGAACCAGAGUGGUGCGGGUCUGAAGAUCCUCUCUUCAUCCUCUACACCAGCGGCUCGACCGGCAAACCGAAGGGAGUUCUUCACACAGUCAGCGGCUACAUGCUCUACACCGCCGCCACCUUCAAACUGGUGUUUGACUACCAGCUUGACGACGUUUACUGGUGCACGGCGGACAUCGGCUGGAUCACCGGACACUCCUACAUCACCUACGGCCCUCUGGCUAACGGGGCCACCAGUGUUCUGUUUGAGGGCCUGCCUACCUACCCUGACGUGAGCCGCAUGUGGGAGAUUGUGGACAAAUAUCAUGUGACCAAGUUCUACACGGCUCCGACCGCCAUCAGGCUGCUGAUGAAGUACGGCAGCGAGCCGGUGCAGAAAUACAAGCGAGAGUCUCUGAAGGUUUUGGGGACGGUGGGAGAGCCCAUCAACCCUGAGGCCUGGCAGUGGUACUACAACGUAGUGGGAGAGAGGAGAUGUCCCAUUGUCGACACCUUCUGGCAAACAGAAACUGGAGGACACGUGUUAACUCCUCUGCCUGCAGCCACGCCCAUGAAACCUGGAUCUGCUACGUUCCCGUUCUUCGGAGUGGUGCCGGCCAUCUUGAAUGAGUCGGGAGAAGAGCUGGAGGGGCCAAGUGAGGGAUACCUGGUGUUCAAACAGCCGUGGCCCGGUGUGAUGAGAACCGUGUACGGAAACCACCAGAGGUUUGAAACCACCUACUUCAAGAAGUUCCCCGGAUACUACGUCACAGGAGACGGCUGCCGCAGAGACAAGGACGGCUACUAUUGGAUAACAGGGAGGAUAGACGACAUGCUGAACGUCUCAGGUCACCUGUUGAGUACGGCGGAGGUGGAGUCGGCUCUCGUGGAGCACGAGGCCGUCGCCGAGGCUGCUGUGGUGGGCAGACCACAUCCCGUCAAAGGAGAGAGCCUCUACUGCUUCGUCACUCUCGCCGACGGAGUGACGUACAACCGCACGCUGGAGGCGGAGCUCAAAAAACAAGUGAGGGAGAAGAUCGGGGCCAUCGCUACACCGGACUACAUCCAGAACGCUCCGGCACUCCCCAAGACCCGAUCUGGUAAGAUCAUGCGACGGGUGCUCCGCAAAAUCGCCUGUGACGAGCGGGACCUGGGCGACAUCUCCACGCUGGCCGACUCCUCGGUCGUCGAGCAGCUCUUCCAGAACAGGUGCUGCACUGCCGUGUGACGGCCUCCGGGAUCCUCGCGGAUCGAGGCUCCGACUGCAGCCGCGCACCAGCGGCCACAAACCCCCAACCAGCGAAGAAGAGGAAGAGGAGGAGGAGGAGGAGAAAUUCAACAAACUCGGUCUUGUCCAGUAAACAACCUCUAGCUCCUGAUGAGGAUGAGCAGCGUGCAGCCUGUGUUUAAAGUGACGCUAUUGUUUUUAUACGCAGGAAAAACCUGCAGCAGGCAGCGACACAACAUCUGUCCUGUUAGUCGUAGAUAUUUCCCUCGUCUGUAGCAGAAACAACAACUGAUUUCAGUCUGAAGGCUGGAGAGUCGCUGCGAGCGGGAAGCCAGAGGUUGUUUUUGGGGAAGACCGUCCUGCAGUGGAACUGUGUGGAAGAGGUGGAGCUGGGGUAACACUUCAUCUGGUUUUAUCCUAGUGUUUUAGCCAGUAACACACAGCAAUAUCUCAUAUUUAACUGCUCAGUAAAAGUUUAGAUCCAGUACAGGAGCUCUCCUGUGGUUAAAGGACGAGUCUCUGCGCUGGAAUAAUUCUCACGUGAAGUGCUACCUGUGGUUAUAACAAGUCGUCUCCUCCCCUCGCUCGAUGCCAUAGUACUGUUAUGUACACUGAUGAUUAGCUAAAUCUGAGAACGCUCAUCAUUUCUACUAGUUUUAAUUUCUGUUGUAAUUUUUUAAAAGGUAUGUAGGUUUGUGUCUUUCUUUUUUUCCCCCUUUUUUAUUUUCGGAGAGAUUUUAAUGUAGGAUUGGUUGGGUAUUUCCAUUUGUGUGUCUGCACGCUCCAAUGUUUUUCUUUCUUCUGCUGUUUUUUAAGUUGCAGGCUCUUCCUGUCACUCUGGUGGAAACAGGGAAUGUGUGUUCAGCCUCGUGUGGCUCGGACACCAAACACUCAGCUCCAGUCACUAAAGCUCCAAAUCAGCUGCUGAACAAUGGAAAAAAAACUAAAAAGAAAACCUGUUUCUAAACCAACAUGAACACUGAAAUUUGGUCUUUUAAUGUUUAGAUGUGUCCAAACUCCAUAUGUCAUCAUGGAAUCAGACUUUACACUGUCUGUGAUCGGAAUAAGUACUAAAGUCAAAACAAAAUGUCUGGAACUAUGUACAAAUAUGACAUGAAUUAUGGUUAAGUAAUCAGCCGUGUUUUCUGGGGCUCAUAGAGUGUGACGGCUACAGUCUUUUCAUUACAUUAUAACCAGGGAAAUGUGGAUUAAAUCUGGAUCAUGAUAAGAGAACUACUGUGAAAAUAAUAAACAUUAAAUCAGAGACAUCAGAGAUAAGACAUCAGAGAACUGAAGCUUGAAUCAUCAUGAAGGAGAAGGCUGGUGUUCAUGGUUUUUUAUCAUUUGAAAACAUUUUCCUUGAAAAAACUGAAGAUGUGUUUGUACUGAAGACGUCAGUCUUUAGAAACACCUCACAAAUAUUCACCUUCAUUCUUUAAAAAAACUUCCUUAAACCUGUUCAGACAAACAGAGAGAUGUUGUUUCUGUUGCACAACAGCAAAACUAUCUGCGUCUGUUUCUGUGGGUGUAACUUGAGGUUUCUGCCUCUGCUGAGAGUCUGAAGCUGAGGCUGAAGCAGCUCCCCAUUCACAGCGUGCACACUGAAUCAGAGUCAGAGCUGAUUUGGGGCUUGGAAGUUUUCUGGUCUUAGUUUCUGUUUCAUACAUCUGUGAUUUGUGAUUUGACCUCGUUUAGAUUCCCUCAUUAUUUUAUCUUUUUUUAAUUUGUCGCUGUUUUUGUCUCAACGUGCCAACCUAAGAAACAGUGGAGCUGGAUGUAUAAAGCUAAUAACUGUAUCUAAUGUUCACUAAAAGAAAAAAAAAGUGCAGCUGCUUAUUUGAUUCAGAAGCUUUUUUUUUGUCUGUAUAAUAACUCGGGUGAAGGAAAGAGAAUUUUUCUGUUUGUUUUUUUUUUUUUUUUCCUGUGUUCAUCCUUAGUUUUGUGUUUUUUUUUUCCCUGUUUGUAUCCACGUGUAUGCAAUGACAGUAAAUGAACAUGACUACUGCCUCUCA